ACAGCUCCUGAUAUCUCCAGUGGCAGAAGAUCUGAUGAAGUGGGCUCUAUUCUUGAAUACAUGUGCUGUUAUAAAAUGGAUAGUCUUUAAAACAGAGCUGGCUCUACCGAUAGGACAACCGGACGAUGCAGGCAGGGGAACUCAAGCCCCUGAAGCAGUGCAUUCUAAGGGCCUUCGGAUAUCCUUCAGAAACGUGGGAAUUCAACACGAAGUCAAGGAGGAACCUCAAGAGGAAACGGUCCAACUCUGGGAAACUCAGUUGCAGAACUUUCUCAGCAGGGUGGAGGCUUCUCCUUCCCCACCACAAGACCCCCAGUUUCCACAGGAGAGCGCCCCAUGGAAUGACGCUCAGGCUUUUCUGGCGGCCUUUGAGCAAGUGGCCGAAGCCUGCCGUUGGCCCCGGGAAGAGUGGGCAGCCCGACUCCUGCCCGCCCUUACAGGAGAAGCUGAGCUGAUCUUCAGCAGCCUCGAGGCUGGAGACCGAGAGGAUUAUGGGAAAGUGAAGGCAGCCAUCUUGCAGGAAGACGCUUUGAUGAGGGAGAAGAGCCGCCAGCACUUCCGGAGCUUCUGCUACCAGGAGGCUGACGGUCCGAGAGGGGCUUACGGCCGGCUCCGGGAGUUUUGUUCUCGGUGGCUGAAGGUGGAGAAGAAGACGAAGGAGCAGAUCCUGGAAGAGCUGAUUCUGGAGCAGUUCCUGACCAUCCUGCCCUCGGAGAUCCAGACCUGGGUCAAGGAGCAUCCCUUGGAGAGUAGCACCCAAGCCGUGUCCCUGGCUGAGGAGUUCCUGCACAGUCAGUGCGUCCCCGGAGUAAAAGAAGAACAGACCACCGAGCCCCAAGGGGAAGGAUCUGUGAAUUUGCCAGAGGGGGAAGGAGCCUCACUGGAUGCUAAAGAGGGGCUGCAAUUGUGCAGAGAAUCCCGGGCAGAAGACCUCACUGAUUUCUCCGACGCUGACCUGUCAGGUGGCGAAGAAGUAUAUGAAGACGAGGAGAGGCGUCGAGAAGAAAGCUCUCGCCCGAGGGAGCUGCGAAGGAUCUCUUCCGAGAGAGCCAGUGGCAACGGCCCUCAGUUCUGUGACCAGGAGAAUGGGCGCAGAAAGGAGAGGCCCCCAGAAGUGGGUGGGCAGGCUUUGGCCGGUCGAAAAGCUUAUAAGGCAACCAGGAAAAAUAUCUGCUCUGUGUGUGGGAAGAGUUUCACUCGUCAGUGGGCCUUUAACCAGCAUAAAAGAAAACACCAGAUUUCACAUUCGCCUGAGCAGGAAGGCCAGGUGAAGACAAACCUUGAAAGUCGUCAGAUAAUGCAUGCUGGAGAACCUCCUUUAGCGUGUUCUCACUGCGGGGAAAGUUUCCCAUCAAGGACAUUGCUGGCGGCGCACCAGAGGAUCCAUGUGGGAGAGAAGUUGCCUCCUCCGGAAGUAACCGUUUAUAUAUGCUGCGAGUGUGGGGAGACCUUCAGCUGCCUACAGGAUCAUGACAUGCAUCAGAGAACCCACACAAGAAAAAGGCCCAGGGCAUCCGUAGAGCGUGAGGAGAAAAUAGAGCCGCGGUCAAGCCUGACAGCACCUCAGAACAUCCACGCUCAAGAACUGCCUUAUAAAUGUACCGACUGCGAGAGGCGUUUCGCGACGAUGUCCUCCUAUAAAAGACACCGUGUUAUCCACCGGAGAAGGAAGCCGAGGUCUUUAUUCCAUAAAGCUCCCGCCAAAAGGAAAGUCUGCCCCAUAUGUGGGAGAGCCUUCACAGACAAUUGGAAGCUUCAAAGACACCAGCAAGCCCACCAGUCAACGACUGAUGAAUCUGUUGAGCGUAAGGGAGGUUUUAAGUGGGACGUGGCUUUGAUAGAAAAUGGAGAUGCCCGCGAAAGAGAGACAGAAGGGCACCUGCUCCAGAGCAAACCUGGAGUACAGGGGGAAGGCUUCCCGUGUUCUCAGUGUGGGAAAAACUUCCACUGGCUCUCGUACCUCAUAAGACAUCAGCGCAUCCAUUCCAGAGAGAAAUGUGGCGAGCGUCUCAAGUCGAGUCUGUCUCUUGGAGAAGACAGAAGGAAGGUUCACAAGGGGAAGAAGCCGCCACCUCUUCUCCCAAAAUGCCCUGUCCCGGCAGGGAAAUCCUCUACAUGUCCCAAAUGCGGGAAAAGUUUUCCUAGCCCUGCGGCUCUGACGAUACAUCGGUGCGCCCACAAGAGAGAGAAGCCAUAUGCCUGCACGCUCUGCGCCAAGAGGUUCAUGUUGAAAAGUUCUUUGUGCCAUCACGAAAAGACGAGCCACCGGGAGAAGUUAGCUCCUCUCUUGCCUCAGACGCCACCCGAUAUGAAAGGACGGUCCUCUCCGUGUCCUGAUUGUGGGAAAAGAUUCAGCUCUUUUGCAAGCCUACGAAGACACAAGCGCAUGCACUCCGGAGAGAAAUACUACCGUUGCGUCGACUGUGGAGAGAGUUUUCUGUGGGAUUCAACGCUUUACACGCAUCGGAAGAGGUUCCAUCAGGGGGAAAAGACGAACCCCCUUUUGCAACAGAUUCCUAAGGUGAAGGAGGAAACCUACUCAUGUUCUAAAUGCGGGAAAAAAUUUAAGCGAGCGUCGAUCCUGAGGAGACAUCAGUGUACCCACGCUCAGAGUAAACCCUACAAAUGUGCCGACUGCGGAAGGCAAUUCUUGCACCAGUCUUCUUUUGAACGUCAUGGAAUGAGCCACCAGAGAAAGAUACCCAAGUCUCUCCUGAAAAGGACGUCCGAUCAGAAGCGAAACCCCUACGCGUGCGCCGAGUGCGGGAAACGCUUUUGCCAGCCGAGGUACUUAAAAAUGCACCAGCGCGUCCACGUGGCGGAGAAACCUUUUAAGUGUGAGGACUGUGGGGAGUCUUUCAUGUGGAAAGGGUCUUUAAACUGGCAUAGGAAGAAGACUCACGGUGGGGGCACAUCGCCCCCCCUUUCGCCAACGAUCUCUGGCACGCGGGAAGGAGCGCAUACCUGCCGCGAAUGUGGGAAAAGCUUUGCGAAGGAAUUGGGCCUCCUCAGACACCCUUGCCUCCGUCUUGCCGCGAAGCCCUACAAAAGCUCUGGUCGCGGGAAGAGUUUCCCGCGGCCUUCCUCUUUGGGGAAGCACAGAAAGGACCACGAAAACGCCAAAGCGAAGCCCUCAGGGAAAAACUCACUGGGCGCGAAGCGGAAAGUGUACAGCUGCUUGGAGUGUGGGAGAAGUUUUGGCAGUUCAAUGGAUCUGGUAAGCCACAGGUACACCCACGGUGGAGGGAAACUCCACAAAUGUACGGAGUGCGGGAAGAAUUUCUCUCAGCGUUCCUCUCUUGGCCGGCACAGAAGGAAGAUUCAUAAGGGGAAGAAAUUGGUCCCGCUUUUGCAAAGAAUCCCUGAUUUGCAAGGAAAACCCUACAGAUGUUCUGAGUACGAGAAAAGCCUCCGUGAGCCGCCAGACCUGUUAGGACACCAAGCCACCCCGGCAAGCGGAAAAGGCCAAAAUGGCCAAACUUGUUCCGAGUGUGGGAAAACCUUCAGUUCUUACUCGACCCUUCAAAGGCACCAGAGAAUUCACAGAGGAGUGGAACUGUACAAAUGCUGUGAGUGUGAUCAAAGCUUCUUUUGCCAAGACAGCCUUACGAAACAUAAGAGAACGCAUGGCGGAUUUCAGGACCCCACCUUACAGUUAUAUGAAAGCAAACCCGAUGUUACCGAGAGUAGGACUGCUCCGGCCCAGACGGACACGCUGUCCCACGAGGAGUCGGAAAAUGCUCCUCCUCCCGGCAAAACGGAGGCCAGUAAUUGUACAACUCAGGAUGGGAGUCAACCCUUCGAGCUCCCGAAUCACACUGAUGCAAGUUAAAGAAGAAGGGGGAAAAAAUCAUGCCGAUGCAUGCAUUUAAUACUGGAAGUAUUCGUUGGACUUCUGAAUUUGCCAACAGAUGUACAUAUUUUUCCAGAAAUGUUUUUAGAUAUAUAGCUAUAUAUAUGUGAGUUGGGCGGGGAGCGAGGAAAACAGGUUUUUUUAAAUUCAUAGAAGAUGAAAAAGGCUGUGUGAACCUCAAACCAAUUAAGGGGAUCUUAAGGAAAUGUUAAUUAAUUCACAAAUUAAUGUGAUGUCACACUAUACUUGCCAAGAUUGGAUGUCCACCUCGGCUCCUUCACAUCAUCAGGUCCUUCCGUGAGGGAAUGAA